GCCCAUUGAAUACCUUUCUUAGGGGUGCCCCAAAGGUAAAAAUUACACGGGGUAGAUUGUGGCUCGAGUAUCACUAUGGCGAGUGGAACCGCCUUAGUGGCCAGAAGGCUCCGUGAGGCACAGGAAUCACAAUCUCUUGAUUUAUCUGGAUGUGACUUGACUAAAAUCCCAGAUGCUGUGUACAUGAUGCUAAAGUCGGUAACCGUCAACAAAUGCACUAUGGCCAGCAACAUGCUCACAAAGAUCCCUCCAAAAUUCCCAACAAAUUUCACAAGUUUAACAGAGCUGGAUCUAAGUAAAAACAGAUUGAGCCACUUCCCGCCAGAUAUGCACAUUAUGCAAAACAUCCGGGUCUUGAACCUUUCCAGCAAUGACCUGGCAGACGUUCCUCAUUUUGUGUACUCACUGUCCAAUCUUCAAGAGCUCUUUCUACAUGACAACUGCAUAAUGUCUAUUGAUGUGAGUCGGUUAGAAGACAUAGAGGGUUUGAGAAACGUUAACUUACAAAAUAAUCCUAUUUCUGACGACCUGAAAUCACAGCUACAGUCCUGUGCUUUUACAGUGUUGCUUGGCAACAAUUCCACGUCCUAGCAACACUUACCUAUCGCUUCUUUAACUUGAGUACAAGAUUGAGAAAUUACAUGUUUGUUGAAUGUUGUGAAAAUGAGGAUUGGAUCUUGAACUUUUGUUAAAAUAAUAUACAUAAAAUAUGUUCCGUUUUCAUUUAAAUGUGCAUUUAUACACAUAUAUUUUUCUGUAUGUCAUAUUUAUAAAUUAUUCCCUAAACUGUUUAUCAUUUGAGAAGUAUUAACUAAUUAUGUACUGUAUAUUUCAUGUUUUUUAGAUGGAUUGUUUAUAUUAA